GGCGAAUGAGUGACAGAACUAUCGCGAGCACUUGUUGCUCCAUGCUCCACCCUCUCUUCUUUGGGACAGCAUCUUCGUUCACAUAACGAUGGUUCUCCUAACAUCUCCUGCGCCAGAGAUAGCGCGUUCAAUGGUAUAUAAUCCCCCCCUUCUCUGCCGACUGUGGUAGGGUACAACAGCUACCUGCCUUCCAGUUCCUGGUAAAUCGACAGUUCUUUACCAACCAUGUCAUCAUCUGGUGUGCACACCUUCUAUGCCGAUGCCGUCCUCUUCGACAUGGACGGGACUCUGACGGACUCUAUUGCUGCCGUCGAAGCAGCAUGGGGAAAGGUUGCUACUGACCUUGGCCUCGACCCUGCCUAUGUCAUUGCUGCGACGCACGGUAAACGUGCCAUUGACAACCUCGCACAUUUCAGACCAGAAAUUAAACAGCACGAGAUGGACGACGAGGUCCGCAAGUUCGAGGAGAGCAUCCUCUUCUUCGCUGAUGCGUACAACCUCUAUGGGAACGGCUGCCGCACUGGGCUCUGCUCAGAAGGCGGCAUCAGUUUGCCUACCCCUCUCGAAUCAGGCGCGAAUACCCCUGAUUUGAGUAUGACUCCUGACAGCUCGCUGCCUUCAUCCCGUUCCCCAUCCUUCGUUACUAACUCCUCACGUCGACCUUCCUUUGCUACCCGUCUGACGAGCCGCUUAGCCAUGUCAGCGCUUCCUGAGGUAGCCGUCCACGAAAGUCCUGUCAUCGAAGAAGAUGGAGUUCUCUCUUUCGAAACUGCACACAAUUACCCUUCCACCGACUUGAAAGCUAAGUCUAGUGAAGUGCUCCAGCACCAGCUUGAGGCCUGGCAGGUUGAGGCUGCGGGUGUCGACCGGUCCGUGCGUAUCCUUCCGGGAGUCAAACGCCUCAUGGGCUCUAUCCCGGAAGGAAGAUACGCAGUCGCUACGUCUGGCGCAAAGACCUAUGCCUACGGGUGUAUGACUCGAGUUGGAAUCACCCCCCCAAAGGUCACCAUUACUGCGGAUGACAAGCGCCUCAAGGCUGGGAAGCCCGCGCCCGACCCGUUCCUACUUGCAGCGCGUGAGUUAGGAUUCUCAGCAUCGAACUGUGUAGUAUUCGAGGACUCGCCAAGCGGAAUCCGUGCGGGCCUGGCAAGCGGUGCCACGGUGAUCGCUGUCUGCACAAGUCACGAACGGAGUAAGAUCGAGGGGAUCGGUGCGCACUAUGUCGUAGAGAAUAUGGAGAGCGUGAAGUGCGGUGUGUGUAAAGAUGGAAGGUUGACAUUUGAAAUUCAACUUUGAACUUAGAGCACUUACAAUUGCGUCGAUCUCUUGCUCUCAGUUGCGCAUAGUGAUCUUUGACUUUGUAUUAUCACUGUAUCUUGAUUGUAGAGUUUAUCUUUGACAUAUCUUCACCAGUACUAAAUGCCCUAAAACGCUUCCUCAUAU